AUGCUGUCUUACAGCAACGCAUCAAUGUUCAACAGUCAACCACAAUUCACUGUAAAAGCUGAGAAAAACAAAGCAUUUGACGAAUCCUGUCAUAUUGGAACGUUCAACAUUGAAAGUGGAAACAUAGCUGAUUGUCUCGAGCACUGUUUGGGGAACUGUCGGUGUCAGUCGUUUCAAAUUUGUAACAAGACAAAAUGUCAACUGUGUUCAAGUCACAAGGAAAAGAACAGUUCAUUGCUUCAUGACAAAGAUGACUGCGUCUAUGCUAUCUACGAGGUGCGACAUUUGGCAGGUCAUCUGCAGGUGUGCAAAUACGUUGAUUACAAUGAAUUAUGAUAAUGCUAAAAAAUUACAUUUUUAAUUUUACAAGUAGCCAAUCAUAUUACUUUCUUUGAAUCACAUGAUAAUAUGUUAGUAUAGUGUAGAAGAGAACUCUGCCAUCCUUUUGUAAAGAUUAUUCAAAUGUUAUAAAAGUCAAAGCCAUUUAUAUAUAUGUACUAUUUAUAAACCGAGUGAGAGGGCAUUAUCGGUGCAUAUAGACGCGAGCCGAAGGCGAGCGGCUAUAGGCACCGAUAAAGCCCAAUCACGAGGUUUAUAAAUGACUUCUAAAAUUCACCUUUUGUUUUGGGUCCCAAUGAAAUAAUAAGAAAUGCUAACUAUAUCAGUUCUAUUGUUUUACGAUUCUUCCCUUCAUUGAUCAGCAAGCAAAUUAAUGACUGGAUUAAUUAUCAAGUCAUACAAGUCGUUAAACGGAGUUUUCAAAUGGAAAUUUGAACAUAUUUGACUUGUUUUGUUAAUGAGUCGGUUUCGAAGCGCUCGAACUGCUGAAGAGGAGCAAACGUUGCUCGAAAGAUCGAUGUCGCCAAGAACAAGAUACGCGACAAAGUGGGCUUUGACGAUUUCUGAUUCCUGGAGAGCUGUUAGAAAGGUUAAAGAAGUGAAGAUCGACGAUGGUGGUCAUGAAACUGAUGAUAUUGGCCCAAACCAGACAUUAACUACAUCGCUGGCGGAGAAGAAUGAAGCGUCCUUAGCAUUUUAGUUAAGCAAGUUUGUUGGGUUUAAAGAGUUUAAAGUGGUGUGUAAUAAAAAAUGAAAGGGUUGUUAAUCCCGUGUUUAACAAUUGUAACAUUACCUUUAACUUCGAAAAAUAAAGUAUUUAUUGAUUUCUCGAAUAUUUGAGUUUUUAUUAGGAACAGAUUAAUAAACUUUUGUUAAAGAAUGCUUUAUAAAGGUACAUGUACCUUUAUCAUAAAGGUACAUGUGGUCUAUAUAUAAAUUUUAAAUCAGCACACACCGACCUAUAUCACGAUAUAUAGGGGUCAUCAUGUGACGAGAUUUUAAGAAAUUCAUUGGCUAAUUAGCUCAUGAAUUAUUCAUGAAUUUCCGUAGAUAUACUACCAUUUAAUGUGUACAUGUAUAUAUAUAUAUAUAUAUAUAUAUAUAUAUAUAUAUAUAUAUAUAUAUAUAUAUAUAUAUAUAUAUAUAUAUAUAUAUAUAUAUAUAUAUAUAUACAUGUACACAUUAAAUGGUAGUAUAUCUACGGAAAUAGUAUGAAUCUUAGUUGAAAACAGGAAAAUCUAAUUUUUAGUGUAUAUUCCAUAUUAUAGAUAUAGCUAAGCAUGACAAUAGUUUGGAUAUGCUAUGGAUUUAGUGUGCAAUCGCAAAUUCCAUGGUCUGAAUUUCACCAUUAUUUUUUCCAGUGUAUUUUCUUGAGCCGUGAGUUCCCGAUGUUUGUUCUCGUAAAAUGACGGAUUUUAGUCUUGUAAAACGUGAUUUAAAUGUGUGAUAAUUUAGGGCCAGUAUUUGGCUAGGAAGCGAAAAUUUAUUUGAGGCCAUUAGAUCAAAGACUGCAUGGACGAGUGGUGAGAAAUGCGAAUGUGAAGAAGAGCAAAACCUCGGAUCUAACCAUUUUACUGCAUGCCUGAUGUAUUUUCAUGAUUUUUGCCAGCUAGAUAUAUAUAUAUAUCUAUAGUAGUUUUAAAAGCUAAGUCUGCCAAUGUUGAGCUUGCAGCCGUAAAAGUAGUUUCGAAAGCGUAAAAAGGGUUAAGAAGUACUGUUUAAUAAACGAGAGGAGUGUUUCAAUAGGUUUAAAUUAAAGACCUAAUAAAACACAACCUGCGAGUUUAUUAAACGGCUUCAAACACGACUACAAAUUCAACAGAUGUACUGCCUUAUUGGUAUUCUUUAUACAAAGAAUACUAAUGAGGACACGACUACAAUAGGUACUGCCUUAUUAGUAUUCUUUAUAUAAAGAAUACUAAUUAGGAGUGUUUUAUCAGGUUUAAAGCCACUGCACGUGACACAUUAUGGUUGACAUGAUUUGCCAAUAAGCCUAUGAAUUAUUAAUGAGUGUUUGAAUUAAGAUUAAAUACUCAAGAUAUAAUGCACCUAUCAAUGUUUUCCCCUGAGAGGUGCGGGCAACCCAGGGAAAUUUUGACAUCUUUAAAUUUUGUAGUUAAAAUCCCCACUGUUUGGGCAAGGAAUGGCUGUCAAAAUUCCCCACUAUAUUCCUAAGAUAACAAGGCACACAUGUUUUCCAACGCGAACAUACAGUCUAUACUGGUUUAAAACUUGGUAAAAAUCGAUACACUGUGUAUAAAAUACCUUUUUCGAUGAAACUUGAUCUUGCUUCUCCGCCAUACUUGUUACCAGGCCUUUUAAUGGCAAAACCGCACAAACUUUCAAGAUGGCGGAUGUCAAAAUUUCCCGACUCUGGGAGCUAGUUGAUGCAUAGGUCAAAUUCCCCUCACUGGGGCUUCAUAGUGUGGUCAAAGUCCCCUGGGUCGCCCGCACCCCACACCCACCCCCCUCAGGGGGAAAACAAUGAUAGGUGCAUAAAAAAUGAAUUUCCCAAGAUAUAUAGAAAUAAAAUUCUUAAUUUUCGUGAGAUAGUUUGAUUUCUUACAUGUGGAAUGUUUUUCAUAUCUAUACCUGUUUUUUUCACGUGAUACAUGCAUGAUUCGACGUUCCCUUUACCACCCUAAUAAAAAAAAAUUCUCUAAAAUUUUCUUUAAAAAUACGCAAAGUCAAGGCUUCUAAAAGUGUUUAUAUUUUUACAGAAAUUGGAAGAACAAUGUUUAGGUAUGAGUUGUUUAAUGAAAUACAAUUGCUGUCAACAAUCGGGUCUCUGUCUCAAGAACGAAAUAUGUAAACCAAUCAACUCCCUCAAACAGCCCUGGAAACGUUUUACCUGCGAAUGCCCUGACGGUUAUCAUGGACACAACUGUGACCAGCCAAUCACGUCAUGCCAAGGAUAUGCUAAUGGUUCUCGAAAAUCGGGCAUAUAUAAAGUAAUGGAUUCUGAUCUCAAGUCGGUGUAUGAAGUAUUCUGUUAUUUUGAUUCUGAUGGUGCUUGGACUUUGGUGCAAUCUUUCAGCUUUGCAAACGGGUCUGGCGCCACAAAAUUUAAACAGUUCCAAAAACCAUUAUUUAACGACAUUCCUGUCGGUGAAAAGUACCCAGCAUGGCGUGGCUAUCGGCUUGGCAAGGCAAGAAUGAAGUCUAUCGAAAAAAAUUCAGUCCUCUUACGGUUCACCUGUAAUCAUCACGCGAAAACUCAAAAUGUAAGAGAAUCAGAUUAUCUUCAAUUAUUGUUAAAAGAUGUACAGGGAAAUGUCGUUGAUUUAGAUGGCUACAGUUCCUACGUUCCGAUACAACAUGGAAAAAUAGGACAAAUGAAAUUAAAAGAUGGCUGUUUGUUUUAUUUGCAUCAACAUCAUUUUAUGAACUUACAUGCGUCAAAUUACCUUUAUACCUGUGCGAUCACUCCGACGCCCACAGAGUCUCAUUGCAGCACUAAGUCAUAUUAUUCAGCUUUUGGUAAUUACAAUACUGCUAAAGCAUGUUUUGAAAGAACACAUGGGUGUCUAAAUAAUAGUGAAUCCACCACUCAGCUAUGGUUUGGCUACUAG